GGUGACAGAUCAGUGUACGUUCACUCUCCCGCGAUGAAACGUUGAUGAUUUAAGAGAAAGAGCCGUGUUUAACACGGCGUCGUAUUUCAUUUCGAGUUAGGGUUUUCGAUUUUUUAUGUUUUUUCUCUCUUCUUCUCCUUCCCUUCUCUUUAUCCAAAAAAAAAAAGAAAUAAGAAAUAAACGAAUAAAAAUAAAACAAAAACCCUCUCUUCUGAAAAAAGAUUCACUACAAAAUUUAUCUCAUCCGCAGGUGCUGUUAUUUGAUGCAAUAGGAGGCAGGGCUACUUUAGAGUAAAUAAGGAAGUGAGUUUCUCUUCUGUGAAUUAAUCUUGUAAAGAAAAAAGACGAGGAACAUGUAUAAAAUGAACAUGUGCGACACAAACAUGUACGGGAGCGACGCUAACUGUGGUUCUAGGAUUUGUGUAUCAACUUUUUGGAGACAGUUUCCUUGGGUUUGAUAGAAGGCUAGAUUUCAUAUUCGUUUUUACAUUAGAAGUUUUGGUUUUAAACUUGUUGAUAGGGAUUGAUCUAGGUAGAAAUGGAAACACGGAACGCCAUGGUAUUGGAUAGUAAGCCUGGGGUUCUGCACAGCGCGAAGAGAAAGCGGGCUACGCAGCAUGCAACAUAUUUUCCUGUAGCUUCACAUGUCAUAUUACCACAGUUGCCCGGCAUGAGUUUAUCAUCCCAGAAACAUGGCAAGCGGAGGAGAUUAGAGGACCGCAAGGGAAAAUUUGUCAGUUGUGGUUAUCCUUCAAAAAGAUCUUUGCUGCUUUGCUAUUCAAAUUUUAAGAAAACAGGCAUUCCAAAGCGCAUAAUGUUCUUUAAGAAAGAUGAAUGGAUUGAUUUUCCCCAGGAUCUCAUUGCCUCAAUUAGGAAAGAUCUCAAAGCAAAGAAGGCAGCUAUUGAGCUUGAGAUAGAUGGUCAAUCCUUUGUGCUAGAUUUCUUGCAUAUGCUUCGAUUGGACCAGAAAACUGGCGUGACACAACCGAUUGCUUGGAUUGAUGAGGCUGAUGGUUGUUUCUUCCCAGAGACUUUUGCUGCAGAAAAUGAACCAUAUCAGUUUUGCGAACAUGAAUAUGAGAAUGAUCAAGAAUCCAUGUUUAGUGAAUCGUUUGUCCCCCCUGAGAUUAAGGUACAGGUUGAGAUUGACAUUAAUGGUGCUGAGCAAUCAAAGUUGAAGGAAUGUAGUGGGGAGUCAAGUUCUUUGGUUAGACAUUUUCAAAUGGCUCAGAAACCUGCUUCCAGUCAUUGUGCAGUAGAAGUUGGGGAUAAUUGUAAUAGGAAUGCUGAUGCAAAACCCAGCAAACCUGUCGAGGAUAUUCAAGAGACAAGGAUAAACUUAGUCCCUGAAAAUGAGUUUGUGGAUGUAGAGUUGGAUGAACAGUUGGAUUCUUCAACUGUUGAGAAGAUGUUUCUCAUGGGUAUGAACCCUUGUGGAGGUGUGGAUAUUUUUUAUGUAAAACCCUGCUCCAAUACGCAAUAUAGAUUAGAGCGUUUCCAGAAGCAGCUUCAAAUUAUGAAGAAAUAUCGUGGGAAUGCAAAUAUUCAAUAUGCUUGGCUUGCUCCAUCUAAAGCAGCACUGCCUAUCAUCAUGAUGCAUGGGCUUGGGCAUUGUGAUCUUUCUGCAAUUCCACACAUAUAUGGCACUGGUGUUCAUCUUGCUGCAGCAGAAUUUACUAAUGCCUGUGCAAGUUAUUGUGAUGUUGAUGAAAAGGGAGUGCAGUACAUGAUAUUAUGUCGUGUAAUAAUGGGAAAGAUGGAGCUUCUUCGCCCUGGAAGUGGACAAUGUCUUCCUAGAAGUGAGGAUGUUGAUAGUGGAGUGGAUGAUCUUCAGCAUCCAAAGUAUUAUAUUGUAUGGAAUAUGAAUAUCAACACCCACAUUUAUCCGGAAUUUGUUAUUAGUUUCAAGCUCUCCUCCAAUGCUAAAGGGCAUUUGAUUGGAAGUGAGACUAAUCAUGCUUUUUCAGGCGUCACUGCAUCUUCGGAAGGACCUAAAGGUCAUUUACCGGUACCCAUGGUUGAAUUGGUGAGUAAUAUAUGUGGUAUGCUUUUUAAGUUCUCUAUACAGCUGAACAUCGUGAUGUGUACUGUAAUGAUAAGUAGGAUGCUCACCAUUGCUUGCUUCCUACUCUGUGGCGGAUGCUCACCAUUGCUUGCUUCCUACUCUGUGGCGGAUGCUCACCUAGUUGUGUAUAUGUGGGAUUUUGUCUUCGGUCAGAAGGCAGUCUCUUGAGACCUUAUGGAUACUUUUUUCUGCCAUUAUGAGGUUUAUGAUUUUUGCACAAAUGGGAGGAAUUCUAUUUUGUUUGGCAAGCGUUUCAAAUAGCUGUAAAAUAUCCACCAAUCUGCAAAAAUUUCAAGAUAGCAGCAUAUUGCUUGUGUUGAGGUCCUGAGUUUCUGAAAGAUGCUAGGUUUCUACUGGUUCAUUUGUCUGCUCUUUCGUCUUGCAACAGUGUGCAGCAGAUGGUUGCUGUUUGAGCACUCAGAUUCUCAAAGCUAACUUUUGAAAUAUGUGUUCUGAAGCUGUAGAUUUAGCAAAUUAUUUUGUGUGAUAGGCUGCGACAUGUUUCUAUAGUAUUUAUAUGAUAAAUAAUGUUGAAUAAUGUUAAAAUGGAAGAGAGUAAUUUGAGUCACUGCAUCAUGAGGCAGUCCUUAUUCCUAUGUUUUUAUGUCAUACAGCAACUCAAACCGCCUUUUUGCUCAUGAUAUUUGCAGCCUGAAUAUGGUGGUUUUGAUAAUAUAUAUUUUUUAUGAGUUUUACUUGUGUGUACUGCUGAUAUUCUCUUGUC